GGUCCAUUGUAUCUUUCUCUCUCUCUAUCUCUCCUUUUACGACGAUCUGAACGACUCUUGACGAGGAGCUACUUUACGACUGCAGUUUAUUACCAGGCCUUGCAGAUUCUCACGACUCUGACUGCAUCUACUCAACUUCCUCGGGAUGAUGACACCGACACAUUGCCGCCGAAUCAGGUGAUCAACCCCAAGCCGCACGUCUCGUGAACCGUCAGUCCAAUCUACGCUUCCGCUUGGUCACUCUUUCAGCAAGACUUUCUGACAUGUCGCCCGUACCUCCACCCGCCGGCGUCUCUGUUCCCUCGGAGAACUGGGACGAAGACGAUUCGUUCGACUUUGAUCCGAACUCGUCCAACCUCGUCCUCGCUUCGUCUUCCAGCCCCUCUGAAUCCUCAUCGUCCCCCAAGACCCAUCCACCACAUCAUGUUCACCAGCACCACCAGCACCAUCGACACGGAUCCAAGACAUCCAUCUCUCAAUCUCAUAUCUCGUCGCCGUUGCGUCAGUCCCAUCUCAAUUUCAAAGCCCCUGGAUCUUCCCAACGUAACGACAACGACGACGACGAAGACGAGGUGGAUUUCGACCUCGAUUUGCCAGACUCGUUCCCAGCUCAAGGCUCUCCACAGGUCAAUCCUCGUCUUCGAUCCAACCCUUCAUCCAGUCACCAAUCGAUUCGCAACCUCCCCGCUCAAAUCAUCGGUCAAGGUCCGAAAGGUGUCGGUACGGUCACUCGCUUAGGCUCGACUGGUAAUGGAGGCAGCUCUAGAGGACCAAGUAAACCUACUGGUUUGGUCUCAGCUCAUUCCAAAGCUAUAGAAAGGGCAUGGGAGAACGACGUGGAUUUCGAUUCACUAGAUGACGACGAUGUGGAUGAACCACUCCCUUCAACGCUUGCUCGACGAUUGACACUCUCUCCUCCAAAAGCUAGGAUCAUGCCUGGUCCCGAUGCUCUCGAUGAUAUCGAUCUGGACCUGGAAGACGGCGAAGCCACUCUGAAAGCUGGUGCAACGAUCAAAGCCAUGUUACCGCCCAAACGAGUCGUGAAACCUCAAGAAGACGAGUUGGAGAACGAUUUCGUCCUUCCUCUCAACGUCAGGAACCUCACACUCGCCACGGCAUCCCAUGUUCUACCUGGAAACCGGACUGUAGGACUACCCGAUUCACCGUCUACAUCGACGAGCGGUAAGAAAUCCGGCUCGUUCAGCUGGGGAGAUAGCCCGAAACGCCGGAGCGAAACGAGUGUCACUUCCUUGACGGACGGACCUAGCAAGGUGAUCCAAGGAUCAGGCAACAAAGGAACAGGGCAGGAGGCCGAUCUGUUUGGAGAAGAAGAGGAUAUGGAAGAUGGGAUCAUCAUUCCGUCCGGAACAUUCUUCUCAUCCGGUCAAGCGAAGGAAUUGAACAAGAUUCUCGAUCGAAAACGACGGGGUCCACCUCCCAUCCAGGCGCCCACCGCCGCCGCGCAUCAUCGUCAAGGCACAGAUGAUAUGUUUAGGACAGGCGACGAGUCGAUCGAAGAUGGUCUAGUGUUGGAGAAUCCUCGAACGGAGUUAUCCCGCAGACGAUUGGAUCGAGCUGUCAAAGCGCGCACGCCUAAUUCCCAGUUGAAGAAGCAUGCUAAGAGCGGUGGAGGAGCAACGACGGGAUCUUCAGCAGCUCGAGAAGCGAGAGAGAGAGCUUGGGAGAAACAAAGAGAACAUGGUUGGGGAAGGCAUAUCCCUUCUCAACCUUUGCCAUCCAGUUCCACUGGUCGAGCUCAGAGUGCACUUGGCUUCACUGGUCGAAGCCAUUCAUCAGGGACCGUGGGGCUUAAUAAUCUCGCCUCUGCUUCGAAACGCGAUACAUCAGCCAAGGACUCGACCUUGUCAAGAACGCGAAUGCACUCGAUGGCCAUGUUGCCUCCGCCAAUACCCGAAUCGAGAGAUGGGAUUCCACCGCCGCCCACAACGCCUUCGUCGUCUUCCCGUUUACGACACCAAAAGUCGUUUCACCAUAUUCCUCCUCAAUCACCUUCCCUCGCUCGCAAGCAGUCUCUGGCGUCGCUCCAAGAUGCCAUGACCUCCGGCUCCCAUCCACUCCCAACUCCUCCCUCAAGCCUGUCCAAGACUUCGGGAUCAGCUGAAACCCCAGGACGAUACCAUCAUUCGACGUCACGACUCACCAUGCCCACAUCAUCAUCCUUGGCCAAGUCAAGACCGCCGCUGAACAACAUUUUCCCAAAGACCGAGUUUACAGCGUCCUCGUCCGCCAGCAGCAUCUCCUCGGGAUCUAGAGAAAUGGCAUCUGUUCCGAGAUCAAAGUCUGGCAAAGGCAGCUGGGGACGAGAUCAAUUGAUCGCGCCGCCCGCUACGAUGAGUGUGCCUCGUAAAGGUCGUCGGUGGGAUGGCAAUGAGCUCGAUGGGAUCGAGGACAUACCAGUGGAUGGCAAGUCGAGUGGGAGCUUUGGCCGUUCAAAGUCGAGAAAGGCCCUCGACCUGCAAGCGAUGGGCUCGAAACCAUUUGCGGAGCAAGUAUCUGACGCUGAGCGUCGGAGACUAGCACCUCGCAGUAUGAACAAGCCGCGGAUAGGUAGGCGAAUGCCCGCGUUGAUCAGUCACAAGGGCAGGAAUGACAAGGUCAUAGUCGUCGGUGACAUGACGUUUAAUCCACGAACACAACGAUGGGAAGGCAAUGAAGCCAUGCUACGAGAUUUCGACCCUCCGACUGCGCCAUCAGUCCGACCAGCACUGAUCACUCACUACACUGGCUCUUCAGUAGGAGGCGUCAGGUCACCACUACAUGGUGCUGGAGGUCCUGGCGGAUCAGGAUAUGGUGGAGGAGGAGGUGGGGGCACAGUACGAAUCGUGGGCAACAUGAUGUUUGAUCCGGAGAAAAUGUGUUGGGUUUCAACGCUUGCACCGGAAGACGAUGAGCCUGACCCAUUCGCCAAUAUGGCGGAUGAUGAGGACGAAGAUGUCGGAGGAACGAUCACGCGGGCUACUGCGAAACGGUUCGUGGCUGUCGGUGGGGCUCACAUGCCCAGCUCGACCUACACGACAGGUGGAAUGAAGACAUCUCAGAGCUCCACCGCUCUGAGCCAUGAAUCCGGUUGGUCCUCUCGUAUGGCGUCGGAAAGCAGCAUGUCCGCCAUGUCGUGGGAUGAGAGAGGAGGAGGUUUACAGGGUGAACGGGUGGACAUUCCAGUGGGGCUGAUAGAGGAGUGCAGAGAAGCAGAAGAGAGACACAAGAAGGAAAUGCGAGGAUGGAUGGUUCGUGCGGGUCCAGGUGGGGCCGAAAGCGACAAGCGGGAUCGAGGGCGGAGGGAGGAAAAGAGGUUAUGGGAGAUUAGAGUGUUAGCGACGUCUUGAGGAUGGGACAUGGGAUGAUCUGCAUUCAUGUCGCGCUCAGAGUUUGCCGUGGUGUGGUUCAUUCCAUCCGGGGGAGCAACACGAUUAUAC